CCCUUUAAACGGGGCAGCUGAAGGGGGAAGUAAAACUCAUGCCGUUUGUUUGACAGCAGUGAUUGGCACUUUCAGCUUGUCUGCUGUUGUGUCGAUAAACAGCGUCCAGAGAUGGCUCAAUAAACCGCCAAUCGAUGAUUUUAACGCGGAGAAGUGAGAGCUGUGGAUCAGGCUAACAAUGCUAAGCUAGCACCAGUUGAUCUGAGGUGUUCCUGCGUUGAGUGAAUGUGUGACUCUUCACCCUUCCCGGGAUCAAAUACCCGCACUUUCAACUGAAAGACGAUAGUUUUUUGUACUUCACACCUGCGUUUGAACAUUUAGGCAUGGAGGCGUUUGAAAGCGAAAGAGCUCCACUGCCCAGAAACAUGAUUGAGAACAGCAUGUUUGAAGAAGAGCCAGAUGUGGUGGAUUUGGCGAAGGAGUCCCCGUCUUACCCCAUCGACUCAGACGAUGUAGUCUAUGAACCCCGCAGCUCACGACUGUUAGUCCGAGGUCUUGGAGAAAACGACCUGGAUGAAGACGAGGAAGAUUACGAAUCGUCUGCCCGUCUUCUUGGAAUGUCCUUCAUGAACCGCAGUUCCAGCCAGCGCAGCGCCGCCUCGCCCUACACCCGACAGCAGCAUUCUGGAUCGUGCUCCAAGCCUUCGACUAAGUCUAUGGUGGUAGGAGUUGUUGUCCUUGUUCUGGUGGCUUCCAUGUUGAUGGUCUUCUACUUCCUGCUAGGCUGCACUUUCACCACAGAGGGCUGCCAGAAGACCAAUUCCACCAUGGACAGCAUCUAUCCCAUUUCCACCAACGGUGAACUUUUCCCAUGGGCCGAGUUGAGGUUACCGCCCAGUGUGCAUCCUGUGCAUUACAAUAUUUCACUUUAUCCCAACCUGACCCUCAUGACCUUCCAAGGCAGUGUAUCCAUCUUAGUGCAAGUCUUGCAUGAAACAAAGAAAAUUGUACUUCACAGUUCUGAUAUGAACAUAAUCAAGGCCACUUUUGAUGGCAAAGAGGUCCACUUCCUGGAGUACAAACCUUGGCAGCAAAUCGCCAUCAAAUUUACUGAAGAUCUUAAGAAGGGACGAUACGUUUUGGACAUCAACUACACAGCAAACCUCUCCAGCAACUACGAUGGCUUCUACAACAGCUCUUAUGUCGACACAAAUGGUAUAAAAAGAGUUUUGGCUGCUACUCAAUUUGAGCCCUUGGCAGCACGCAAGGCCUUUCCUUGUUUUGACGAGCCAGCUUUUAAAUCAACUUUUACAAUUAAGAUGACCAGAGAAAGCAACUACAUCAGCCUUUCAAACAUGCCCAAGGUCAAAACCACAGAAUUAAAAAAUGGGCUUCAAGAAGAUGAGUUUGAGAAAAGUGUUAAAAUGAGCACUUACCUAGUUGCAUUUAUUGUGGCUGAUUUCAUCAGUGUCAGUAAUAAUGUUUCUAAAACUACGGUGUCUGUGUAUGCUGUUCCCGACAAAAAGGAACAAGUGCAGUAUGCUCUAGACACAGCCUGCAAACUGUUGGAGUUCUACAAUUCGUUCUUUGAUAACAACUACCCGUUAACCAAGCUGGAUCUAGUGGCUAUUCCUGACUUCCUCGCCGGAGCCAUGGAGAACUGGGGAUUAAUCACAUUCCGUGAGACGACUUUGCUAGUAGGGACUAACUCCUCCCCUAUAGACAAGCAACUGGUGACCUCCGUCAUAGCCCAUGAACUUGCUCACCAGUGGUUUGGAAAUCUGGUCACUAUGCGGUGGUGGAAUGAUCUUUGGCUGAAUGAAGGAUUUGCAACCUACAUGCAGUACAUGUCAAUUCAAAACGUAUUCCCAGGCCUUGACAUAGACACUGAAUUCUUGAAUGUUCGCUUUAAAGCGCUGGCCAAAGAUGCAUUGAACUCAUCCCACCCGGUGUCUACUGUCGUGAGCAACCCUGAGCAGGUGGAAGAGAUGUUUGACUCUGUGUCUUACGAGAAGGGAGCUUCGAUACUUCUGAUGCUCAAUGCAGUACUCACAGAUGUGGAGUUUCAAAAAGGAGUGAGUGAGUACUUACAAAAGUAUAACCUAUCAAACACAGAAAGCGAGGAUCUAUGGAACAGUCUUUCCCAGGUGAGCGAACAAAACUUAAGCGUAUCUGAGAUGAUGAACACCUGGACUGUUCAUAAGGGCUUUCCUCUGGUCACAGUGAAGAGAAGUGGCACUCAAGUCACACUGACACAAGAACAUUUCCUUCUGAAUGCUGAAAAUAGCACGGAUGACAGCAGUUUGUGGCAUAUUCCCCUGACAUAUGUGACCGACAAAUGUAGCGUCCUCAGCUCCUGCAAGCAAGUGUUCCAUCUCAAGGAUAAAACCGCCACAUUAAAGCUUCCAGAUCAAGUGAAGUGGUUGAAAUUCAACUUCAAGAGUGAUGGCUUCUACAUAGUGCAUUAUGAGGAGGGGUGGAAGGACUUGAUUGAUGCUUUGAAGAACGAUGUAAAUGUUCUCACCGGUAAAGACAGAGCAGCUCUCAUCAACAACAUCUUUGCGCUCUCCAGAUCGGGCAAGGUGUUUUUCAAAGAAGUCUUAAAUCUAAUGGACUACAUCAGAAAUGAGACGGAGACAGCUCCUCUGACCGAAGCUCUCUUCCAGCUUGGUCAGAUCUACAGGUUGCUGGAUAAAAAAUCGGAGCUGUACUUGGCCGCUAGAAUGAAGAGUUACAUCGAGGACCAUUUUGGAAAGCUAAUGGACAGUCAGUCUUGGGAUCUGGAAACUUCUGUGUCAAAGAUGACGCUUCGGUCUGCCCUGCUGGAGAUGGCAUGUUCCCUUAACAUAAGUGACUGCGCAACAAAGGCCAUGCAUCUGUUUGAUCAGUGGUUCAAUUCCAACAAGACUUCUCAGAUUCCCAGUGAUCUCGUGAGAACGGUCUUCAAAGUUGCGGCUCAGACAGAUGAAGGAUGGGAUAAGCUUCUAGACUUGUAUAAACAUUCCAUCAAUGACCCAGAGAAGCGCAAGACAUUGGAAGCUUUGGCCAGCACUCAGGAUAUACGGAAAAUCAUAUGGAUUCUACAGAGCAGUCUUGAUGGGAGUGAGAUUCAAACUCAAGAAUUUCCUUUGGUGAUUAACACAAUUUGCAAGAAUUUUGCUGGACACCUCUACGCUUGGGAUUUUGUGAAGGAGAACUGGGAUAAAAUCACUCAGAAAUUUCCUGUCGGAUCUUUUGCCAUUCAGAGCAUCAUCAUGUCCGCAACCAGUCAGUUUUCCACAAAAAACCAUCUCGUGGAGGCCCAGAACUUCUUCGCUUCUCUAGGUACGAAGGGUUCUCAGAUGAGGAUCGUGCAGGAGGCCAUUGAGACCAUUAAGCUGAACAUGCGAUGGAUGGAGAAUAACUUGAACACUCUGCAGUGCUGCUUAUAGUGUGAGGAGGAGACGGCUCCUCUCUCGUGCCUCUCACUCCCUCAGGUGACGUCGCCGGGCACACGCAGGUGUGAGUGAUAUUACUGUCACAACAGCCAGAGCCAUAAAUAUACAACGUUAGGCCAAACUCGAGAGGGCAGAUUUACUUGGACGUAAAGGGCCGUUUAAAAACUUCUUUUCAGGGCAUCUUAUAGGGAAUUUUCCUGAGUUCUCCAGUGAGCUGUAUACUAGCCAGAAGCUUGCCUGAGAACAUUUAGCAUUUAAUGCUAGCUUUAUGUAAAUGAACAUGUCUGGAUAUUAAUUGUAAAGCAUAUGUAUUAUCUCUUCUCCAAGUUGAAAGUGAAUUGAAACCGUAUAGUCAGCAAACGAUUUCCUGUGUCAUAACUUUGGUGUUAGCCGCUGCUCGGGGGAAAGGCUGAUACGUUAUCUUUUUGCGGUUCACUUGGGGCCCAACUCAGUAUGUGUAUGGCUCUGGCCCUAAGCACUAUUUGCACUAUUCAAAGAUUCAGCUUGCUCAGGGCAAAUCUGGUUGUUGUUGUUGUUGUUGUUGUUAAAAUAUCAUAAUGCAUUUGCACCCUUUUACUUAACGGCGGUGACUAAAGACCAAAACCUCCCAUCAGUGUCUCUUAAAUACACCCUUUUUAGGAUUUGCCAAAAAUGAAUAUUAAUAAUUCUGAAAUUAUGCUACAUGAGUGUGAUCACAAUCCCCCUUUCUUUUAGCAAAGUUUUAUUUAUGUAUCUGGAGGUGAAUUUUUUUUAAUCAUCUACGUUGUCUGCGACGCUUGAAUCCAGCGCUGUGUAAAUGUUCUUGCCUUAGAAAUUUUCCAUAACUUUCAUUCUUCGCACACAAUGUAUUUUGGAGUUUAAGUUAGAGUCGAGUGUGUAUAUUUUGUAUUUCUUGUGCAGGCUUCGCGUAUAGGUAAAGGUUUGUCAUUGGAAAUAUUAUGUUAGCUUUUCUGAGACAUUUAGGUGUGGAUUUUAUUUUGAGUUUUGCUAUGCACAUUCUGUCGAAGCUGAGAUAUUUUACAGUUACACAUGUAUAAGAAAACUCUGUGGUUUUACCCAUGUGAUUUGACAUGUAGAGAUAUAAUUGUUAGCAAGCGUUCGUGUACAGGGCUUUAGUUAACUUUGCCAAAAAGACAAAAAAGGGGCUCUAAAGUCACAUCACUGAUUGAGAGUUGUUACAUUUUUCACUGGUUGCUACUGAUUUGUACCCUUCAAGGAUUGGAGGUUUCUUGUGUGUGUGCGCGUGUGAUGUUUCCUUCUCUAAUUUUUCUUAGAUUUUCAGGAACCGAAUGUCAAAUGCUUAGUUGGUCAAAAAAUAUGGAGUCACAACCUCGCACAAAUGUAUGCGUCAUGCAUCCAAACCCGCGAUACAGUCCACAGAUACAUGCACAUCAUUUUGCUUGAAUGCACAAAAACGAAGAAAUUAUCAUGAGACGUUGCUGCGUGUAAAUAUUUGUGCGUUUUAUGCAUGUGUUUUUUAAUAUAACUCCAUACAAAAAUGUUUUUUUGUUUGUUUUUUGUUCGGAGGGUGAGAAUCUGCGCUCACCGUCUCAAAUGAUAGCGCAAAUGUUAAUUACUUCCAGGUUUUUGAUUUAUAGCUCAGUGAUUUGGCUUCAUAAAAUGUCAAAUAUGACUGGUACUUUGUAGUACAGCUGGUACAGUGUAAUUAUUUCAUAUGUAGCGGUUGUAGCUUUGCUUGAGUGUAAGCUUUGUUCAUGUAUUUGUGAUAGAAAUGAAUAAGGACAGCGGCAGCAUUGUUACACUGCAACGUCAGGUUGGAGCGUAACAGUUAUCGAUGAAUGUAUUCAUGUUUGUUACUAUGGAUCUGUUUAAACGAGCGUCAUGAUUGUAAUUACCUGAGCUCACCUGCAUAUGAGUUAAUUAAAAACAACGAGGCAUAAAAAGAAAAAAGUGAUAUUUAUACAGGUUGAGAAGUUGUGUUAUUUUAUGUUGUUUGGAUUUAAGGUUUUUAAGGUGUUGCUUAGCAAUGGAAAACUACUGACCCAUCUUUAUACAAACAAAAAACAAAUAAAAACAUUUUGCGCACAAA